AGCUGUCAAUCACAAAGGAAAUCGGGGAGAGACAGAAAGUAACGAGUCUGAUUGAAUAGUUUGGUGUUCGAAACUUUAUUCCGGACUAGCAGUGUUUUUUUUUUCCCGGAUUUUAAACCAUUUUGUACAGUGGUGAAAACCGAAAGAAACGAAGUUAUCGAAAGUUGAGGGAGUUGGUGUUUUUGGUUGAGUGAAUAGCAGGGAAUGUGUUACGAGUCGAGACUAGGUUGUUUUAUGUUCAGCUGACGGGAAAUCGGCUGUUUCAUAUUAUAAGGUGAUCCGCACAAUAAUGUCAGUCACUGUCAUAGUUUAAUGAUUGAUAACAAAGUCUUUGGGAAUAUCAUUCAGCUCCACACUGUUAUUUCGGAAAUAUAACAGUUUUAAUCACUUGAAGUUCAAGUCUGAUCCUAUACCCAAAUUACAAGUACAAAUCAAUCCUGUGGCUGGCAACAUGUCUUUAAUUUUUUGUUACUUAUUUGAGUGGACUGGGAUUUUGGGGAUAAAAAACAAGUAAUGCAUGUUUUCGAGCCUAUUGAUCAAUAGGCAGCUUCGGAGCGAGUAAAAAGCAGAAAUAAUUAACACGAGAUCUUAACUGUUGAUACGCCAACUAAAAUAUUUAAGGUUUUGUUUUUGAUUUUUAGCACUUAGCACUUCAUUAGCACUUAGGAAUUUGAAUUCGAUUUAGUUGUGUGUAAAAGAUCCAAAAAAUGUCGGCGAGUCAGGAAAAUACUUUUGUACCCAGUUCAGAAUCACCAAGGAGCUGCAGGACAAAGUGUUCGAUUUGUAAAAACACUUACACUGAUCCAAGGAUCUUGCCCUGUCUUCAUACAUUCUGCCUGGACUGUGUGAGAGGGUUACAGCAGUUCUCAAUUCCCAGAACUCAGCGAGAGGGUGAAUCUGGGUCACUCGACUGCACCGAGUCUAGGAUCUGUAUCCUGUGUCCAGCCUGCGACUAUGAAGUGAACGUACCCGCUGCUGGCCUGCGAGAACUGACCGGUAACCAUCUGAUUCAGAAUGAAGUUUUCCUGGAGAGUCUGAAGAGACCUGACUACCGGAUAGUCUGUGAUCUUUGCAACGAUGGAAAUGCUGAAAGAAGAUGUCACGUCUGCUCAACAAAUCUCUGCGAUUUCUGCUCUGAAGCACACAGGAGGCAGAAGAUGACUGCUUCUCACAACACAGUGGCCCUUACAGACCUACAAGGUAGAAAUGAGAGAGUCAAUAAGUCCAUCAUGUGCUUUGUUCACCCUGCAGAAGAGUUGAGGCUGUUUUGUGAGACAUGUGAUUGUUUGGUGUGCAGGGAUUGUUGUAUGGUGGACCACCGUGACCAUAACUGUGACUUUGUCGCUAAUGUCAUUAACAAAUAUGGCAGCUUCAUCAGGCAGCUUCUGAAGCAAACACAGCCACAUAUUGCUGGAUUGCAGGAGACUUUGCAAAAGAUUGCAGAUACAAGGCAGCUGGUGCAAAAGCGACUGAGAACUUUAACUGGAGAAAUUAAUAAGUUUACAGAGGAUUACAUCAAAGCAUUGGAGAAACAUCGGAGCAGCCUUUUGAAAGAGCUGGAAGAGCUGAGGAUCCAGAAGGAAAACUCCCUGAAUCUUCAGCAGAUCCAGUUGCAACAGAUCCUGGCAGAUAUGAAGACUGGAGUGGAUUUCACUGAGCACUUGCUCACCAAUGGUUCUCCUGUAGAAAUCCUCCUAACUAAACGUGUGGUAGUCAACCGGCUGAAACUGUUGAAUAAGACCAGUUACAGCACUCAACCCAGAGAGGACGAUGGAAUACAAUUCCAGCAACAGGAGAGAGCAGGACAGUGCAAUGGAUUUGAGGUAUUUGGAAUCAUUGUCACAAAGACACUUGAUCCCAGCAAGUGUCUCCUUCAGGGCGAAGGCCUCCGUGUGGCUUGGCAAGACCAGCCAAGUGUAUUUGUUCUGGUCUGUAAUGACCAAUCCGGGCAGCAGAUAGGGCGAGGAGGCGAAUCCAUUCAGGUCAGCAUCUACAACAAGAAGAAUAAAGAAUGCACUCUCAAGACAAUACUACACGACAAUCAUGAUGGAACUUAUCAAUUUACGUACACUCCUCGGGUGUCAGGCUUGUAUGAGGGAUAUGUCUGUAUGAAGGGACAGCAUGUACAAGGAUCUCCAUUCAGUAUAACAGUCACAAGUAAAUACCGUAAGCACACUGGUAUAUUUCAUUGCUGCACAUUCUGUUCUAGUGUUGGACAAAAGGAUGUCCGUUGUGGUUGCGGAGGCACAAUGCUCGGUGGGUACCAAGGCUGUGGACAUGGGCACAAAGGUCACCCUGGCCAGCCACACUGGUCCUGUUGUGGAAAGUUGACUGAACAUUCAGAAUGCUCUGGAACAAUAAAUAGCAACUCUUACCAGAAUCUGGUUAGAACUGUUGCUCUGUAAAAAAAAACCAAGACAUGGAAACCACAAACCUAUGAUUGAUCUUUUUUUAAAAAGAAAUUGCAUUGACGUAAUGGCUGUUCAGCCAAUCUGGAAGAAUCUGUGAUCUUCAGGGGUGCUCAAAACUUAGCCAGUUUAAUGUUUGCUAUAGUUUUUAAUUAUAAGAUGUGGACAGAGACAGAGAUGUUCUGAUCUAGCUGUUGUUAAUUACUUUUCAGAUCUUAUCAAAUUGACUAAUUUAUCAGUUAUAAUCCCAAGAGAAGUAACUUGAACAUUCACUGAACCAGCACCGAUUCAAAUAUUGAGUUCUGCAUUAUAGUAAUAACAAGGGGGUAACAAUGUACUUUUAUUUCAGAUUUCACAAAUGAAUACUCUGCAGCACAGUGUAAUAAAAUAAAGGAUCUCGUUUUUAAAUGGCAUUACCUUGUACUAGAAGCAAUGCAUUUUUGUUAUGAUGCACAAAAACCACUUGAAAAUAAUGGAGGUAUGAUCAAGAAACCAAGGCCUGAGAGAAAUGAAUGUAAAUUGCUGUAUGGGAUACUGUGAUAUACUUUGGUGAUAGCAAACAAUGGAUUCAAUUGAACUUGGUUUUAUUCAGAACUUUUUCUGACUAAAUGGUGCAUGUUUAUUUUGAAAUAAAAAUCUGGGUAAGGAGACAUUGUGUCUGCUGUUUGUGGAAAUGUACCCAAUCUAUAACACAAUAAUUUUGUAUGUGAAUUUGUUUAUAUUAGAUUAUACGUAUUUUGCAUCCAUAUUUUAUAUUAAUAUGGAAUCAUACUGAAUGGAUGUUUAGCUCUUACUUAUUGAUUUAACUUUAGUGAUCUCAAUACUGAAGUCACAAUUAAAAUUAAAUCAAUUUUAUAAAUUUCAAAUAAUCUCAAUCAUACAGCUGUUUUUUUUUUAAUACCGGCUUUGUGCCAGUUUGAAAUACUUAAAACUAACUUCAACCAUUGCACUGUAAACAGUGUAUUUUAGGUUCAGGUUGGCAGCCGUUGUCCAGAAAGCAAUCAAGGCUCUUAAACAACCACUCAAGUGCCUCAUAAGAUCAUCAUUGGUAUUCAGCUAGCAACAAGUGGAGGCACCUGUCAUCUGUGCAUGAUAGAGGGACCCAGUAUCAAGGAGCCGAGGGAGGAGUCUGGUGGUGGUAUGGAACUCUCCGUUCCAUUAACUAACUGUAAUGCGAGCAGUAGCUGUCACUGUUGGUGACAAUGCCAUUAUUGCAGAACCAAAAUUGCAGAGCUGCUGGCCUCUGACUAACAACUCUUGGGCUGAGUGGGGAGUGGGAUGCGGAAGGAUACCCAAGAUGUGAUAGUGUGGCAAGUAAAUGAUGCUAGGAGAGGCAUAAAUCCUAAUAGUAGGAUACUUGCUGUGAAUAGGAACUUCAUCAUGGCUGCCAGAGAUUGGCAAACAUGGGUGAUGGACUACGCACAUGAAAAUCCAUCAGUUUGUGUGAGAUGUUGUUUUAUUGUCUACUUUUUUUAUACUAACUUAGAUGAACACAACGUGCUACUUAUGUAGAUACCUUUGUAUUGGCUCUGCUCAAUUUACAAUGUUUUGAUUAAUCAAGACAAUGGACCAUGACAAACAAUUGACUCUUUGAAGCCUGAAACAAUUUGUGUUACAUUGAAGUGCUGGAUUUUUAAAAAAAUUAUCAGGCCUUUCCUUAUAUACUUUAUUAUGAUUUUGUUUUUUUUAAACCUUCCUGUGUUCGUCAGACUUUUAAAGCUUGAAUUUUAAAUUACAUGUAAUGCGCUAAC